ACUGAUUGUGAUUAUAUGAGAGAGACCGAGGAGCUACAAUGAAGAAAAGUCAAAGUGUGAUGACUGUCACAGCAGAAGAGAGUGUACAGGAUUUGUCGGAGUGCUUCCUCAGCAAAUCCCACAGCUCGUACGGAUAUAAUAUCGGAAUAGAUCUGUGGAAAGGAAGGCGGUUUUGCUCCGGGACGCUGCAGUUGCCGCCGUUACAUCAGCGGCAGGUGCGCAGGGCGAAGACCCCGGAUUUUAUCCACCGACCAACAACCCUACCUCUGGUGGCACUUCCGAGGAUCGAUGUAACGCCGGUGGAGAGAGACUGCUUUGAUGUUGAAAAUGGCCCGAGUGUGGGACGCAGCCCCCUGGACCCCCAGGCCAGUCCCGGAUCUGGACUUGUGCUGCACACCAACUUCCCCAGCCACAACCAGAGACGGGAGUCCUUCCUGUACCGCUCGGACAGCGACUAUGACCUCUCACCAAAGACCAUGUCCAGGAACUCCUCGGCUGCAAGUGAGCAGCAUGGGGAUGACCUGAUUGUUACUCCGUUUGCCCAGGUACUGGCCAGUCUGCGGAGUGUACGGAAUAAUUUCACAUUACUAACUAACCUCCAAGGCGCACCAAACAAGCGAUCGCCGAUGACCAACCAUCCGCAGAUCAACCGCGUCAAUAUACAAGAGGACUCCUACCAAAAACUAGCCAUGGACACAUUGGAAGAGCUGGACUGGUGCCUGGAUCAGCUGGAGACCAUUCAGACCUACAGAUCGGUCGGCGAAAUGGCAUCCAACAAGUUCAAGAGGAUGCUGAAUCGGGAGCUGACCCACCUCUCGGAGAUGAGCAGAUCGGGCAACCAGGUGUCUGAAUACAUCUCCAGCACAUUCUUGGACAAGCAGAAUGAUGUGGAGAUCCCGUCCCCAACACAGAAAGACCGUGAGAAGAAGAAGAGGCAUCAGUUAAUGACGCAGAUUAGCGGAGUGAAGAAGUUGAUGCAUAGUUCCAGCCUCAACAACACGAGCAUGUCCCGAUUCGGAGUCAAGACGGAAAAUGAAGACUUGUUGUCUAAAGAAUUGGAGGAUCUGAACAAGUGGGGACUCAACAUCUUCAAGGUUGCAGGCUUUUCUUGCAAUAGACCACUUACCUGCAUCAUGUACGCUAUAUUCCAGGAGAGAGAUCUGCUGAAGACAUUUAAAAUUCCCACAGACACACUAAUCACCUACACGAUGACCUUAGAAGAUCACUACCACUCGGACGUGGCCUAUCAUAACAGCCUCCACGCCGCUGAUGUCGCACAGUCCACACAUGUGCUCCUUUCCACUCCAGCUCUGGAUGCUGUCUUUACCGACAUGGAAGUCCUUGCCGCAAUCUUUGCAGCCGCCAUUCAUGACGUAGACCAUCCGGGAGUCUCCAAUCAGUUCCUGAUCAAUACAAAUUCUGAACUUGCACUUAUGUAUAAUGACGAGUCUGUCUUGGAGAAUCACCACCUGGCUGUAGGCUUUAAGUUGCUGCAAGAGGAAAAUUGUGACAUCUUUCAGAACCUUACCAAGAAGCAGAGGCAAUCACUCAGGAAAAUGGUCAUCGACAUGGUGCUUGCCACAGACAUGUCCAAACACAUGAGCCUGUUGGCCGACCUGAAGACGAUGGUGGAAACCAAGAAGGUUACUAGUUCUGGUGUUCUUCUGUUGGACAACUACACCGACCGCAUACAGGUUCUCAGGAAUAUGGUGCACUGCGCAGAUUUAAGCAAUCCAACAAAAUCUCUGGAGCUCUACCGGCAGUGGACGGACAGAAUCAUGGAGGAGUUCUUCCAACAGGGAGACAAAGAGCGAGAACGGGGCAUGGAGAUCAGUCCAAUGUGUGACAAGCACACGGCUUCUGUGGAAAAAUCACAGGUUGGCUUCAUCGACUACAUUGUCCAUCCUUUAUGGGAAACAUGGGCAGACUUGGUCCAGCCUGAUGCUCAGGAUAUUUUAGAUACGUUGGAGGACAAUAGGAACUGGUACCAAAGCAUGAUACCUCAAAGCCCUUCUCCUCUUAUGGACGAGCAGGACAAUGACUGCCCUGGGGUCUCGGAAAAGUUCCAUUUCGAGCUGACUCUUGAAGAAGAAGAUUCAGAAAGCCACGACAAAGACAGGGACUGUAUCAGUUACUAUAGCAGUACGAAAACUCUUCAUAUGGUCGAUCCCGGGAUCGAGGACUCUCCAGAAGGCGAUGCAGAAAUACUGACAGACGACACAUCGCCUCUGGACACAUAGGUCACGUUUGGUUGGGAACGUUUGACCCAGGAGAACACAUGCGGGCUGUCUUUGUUGACAAGCAUGUCAUCUUGAUCUUAGGCCUUGGUUGAGAACGGCCAAGAUCUUUGCAGCUGCUCGUCAGUGGAGUCGUGGCUGAGGGUGCCGAAUUGAAAGAUUGCUCAGGAAACUACCAAGUAAUGUACGUUACUCUUCGGCAUUGUUUUUUUCAGGAGGAGGGGGGGAAAAAAAAGUGAGACGUGAACACAUGGACGUGUUUUUGAAAAGAGCAUGAUUGGUCCGAGAACUGUACAAAAACAAAAAAGACACAAAACUGAGAGAUUUUUUUUUUUAACGUGAAAUUUUGAAAAAAAUCCAAAAAAAAACCUAGUUAGAGGGUAGAAAUGAAUACUAUUAUUAUUCGGUAGGUCUAUGUCGAAAACCCUGUCCAACUGUCCGAGGACGUGUGUGCCUUUUUUGUAUGACUUCCAUUGUCUGAAAUGCCUAUUAAUUACACGAUAUUUAGUGUAAACCGAACAAGGAAAUAAUUAACUUGUAUAUUUUAAUUCUUUCUGGAAAGAAGCAGUCUUCCUUUAUUGUGGCAAUAUAUGUGACUUUAUCGCAAUUAUUCAGAAUCACAACAAAAAAAAAAAAGAGAGACCGUUUUCGUCUCUGGUCAUCGCCAUUCUCUUCAUGCACUUAAAGUCAUUUCACGUUUUUUGCUUGAUACAAAGAUAUGUGUUGAGAUUGUUGCUUUCUGUCGCAUAUCUUCCACACGAUCUAUUAAAGAGGUAAUCUUUUUAUUUUUUUGUUUUAUUUUUUUUCCCUAACGUGCAUCCACUACAUUUGACGAUCGGAAGGCGGUGUGUGUUGUAAUGUGUAUGACCACGUUCUGCAUGGUUUUUCUUUUCAAUACUUCCUCCUGUCAUCUAUAAGCGAAAACCAUUGUUUUUUUACCUUGCACUGCCUCAAGUCCUGACACGUACUUUUACUGUUUAUAACAGUGUAAUAUUAUUAUUAUUAUUAUGUAAAUAAUGUACUGUUUUCUAACUUAUUAAUUUAUAUAAAUUAACAUUGCCUGUCACUGGUGGUGUUGAUGGUUUAGAAGAAA